CGUAGUGUCAAAAAUCAAAAUAUUUUUCUCGAUGCCAUUUGAAAAUAAUAUAUUUUCUAUUCAUAAAUACAGACCAAGACGUGUUUUCACGUCUUGGUAAAAGGGGGAAGAUAAAAAUAAUUAGUCAUGUAUUUAUCCGACAUAAGAACUAUAAUAGAGAGCCUGGCUGUUGUUACUACAAUUUGUCAAUUUUUAUCGGGCAUAUUGGUAUGCAAACAGUAUGUUGCUAACCGCACUACUGGUGAAGCUUCACCAUUGCCAUUCACUUGUGGCAUGUUCUCGUGUAGCCUGUGGCUUUUAUAUGGACUGACCAAGGAUGAUGGGAAUAUGAUAAUAGUCAAUUUAGUUGGAGUUAUACUAAUGGUCGCAUACACAACUGUGUUUUAUGUAUUUACUUUUAAGAAGUCCUUGCUUUUGCGGCAGGCAUACACAACAAUAGCAUUGUGUAUAUUUGCUGUUGGCUAUGUUAAUGUUGAAGAGGAUAAUGAAGUGUUAUUAAGUCGUCUUGGUAUCAGUGCUUGUUCAUUGACAUUAUUAGCUGUAGCUUCACCAAUGAGCAAGCUCAUGUAUGUAAUAAGGACAAAGAGUUCUGAAUGUCUACCAUUUCCUAUGAUAUUCAUGUCAUUCCUAGUAUCCAGUUUGUGGUUCUUCUAUGGUAUAAUAGAAGAAGAUGUCUAUCUUACUAUUCCAAACUUCAUUGGUGCUGCUUUGGCGUUGGCACAACUGUCUCUAUUUAUAUUAUAUCCCAGCAAGCCAUCUUCACCCCUCUUGCCAAGGUCAACUUUAGCCUAAAAGUAUUAUAUUCCUAUGUAUGUGUGGGUUACUAUAUUUUAGACACUAUGUAGUAUAGUUUUGGAUCAAAUCCAUUGAUAACCAAGUGUGAGUUAGUUUUAAAUUCUGUCAAUGUACAAAAUAGUUUUUUUUAUUUUUAUUUUUAUUUGAUUUGAAUCAAAUUUAUUUAUUUAUGUAUGACCUUUUCUCCAUGACAUUUCUGUUAUUUUAUUUAAAGAGUAGUUUUUGUUUUUAAUGAUAAAGGUGUUGUUUAUUUUUUUUUUAUUGUAUGUACUGUAUUAUAUAGUGUAGAGAAAAGGGUAUUAAGUGUUUUGUAGUACAAUUAUGUAUGUUAUUUUAUUGUGUGCUAAAUUUGAUAAGUAAGUAGGUAUUCUAGUGGGUAUUUUGAUCCAGUUGAAGAAAGACAGGGAAAUAGAAUCUGUAGUUGGAGUGUUGUGAAUUUCUUAGGUAUACUAAUUUUAUAAAAAUGCAUUUAUUAAUUUUUAUAUAGUAAAAUAAACUUGGAAAGUUAUUACAUGAUAUUUAAGGCAUACAUCCAUUGAUAAAUAUUAUAUUUUAUAUGUGAAAGAUAAUCUGCAGUGGAAAUUCUUGUUAAAAUAUUGUCAUGUUAUUAUAUUUUGAUAAUCCUUCAUAACUUUGAUAUGAAAUAUCAAUCAAUUAAGCGCAACACAUGAUACAUUAAAUGAUAAAAUAGUGCCAUUAGAAUAUCUGAUAAAUUCUAUUUUUUAUAGGUAUGUUUACCAAAACAUAUAAUAAUUGGGUUUUUAUCAUUGAUGUAUUAAAAGAAUAGAAUGAUAGGUACUUCCUAUUUUAGCAAGAGAUUCCUCGUAGUUGCCACUUGGCUCUCAGUCGCGCUCGGCAUAUAAUCUUACUUAAACAUACGGAACGACUUACAAUCACUUGAUUCAAUUAGUUUAUAUCUUUGUAAAAAAUUCGCAUCGAAAUGUGUGCAGCUGGCACAAUAAACUGUGUAGGUACCUAAGAGAAAAUCUAUCUUAUAGCCUUGUGUACAUUUAUGUAUACGAAAUAAUAUAGUUUCAUUAUUAUUUAUUUCAAAUACACUGUAUUAUUCUAAAAUUUUGAUUAAUUGAAUAUUUGUUGCCGUGUGGGUUGUCGAGUCACUUGUAGAUAGGUACUAAAUUAACGGACUUGAGUUUCAUUCGAUUUUACAAACUGUUGAGAGACUUGGCCCUUUUUACAUGUUUUUGAUAGGGGAUUUUUAAGCUGUUGCAUAGCUUCUAUCUCGGGCCUUGAGCGCGGGGACCGAAUCGAGAAAUUCCGUAACGAACAAACCUCACGCUCCCCGCUCCGACGGGCGGAGGUGUGGCUUUAAGGCAUAGCAUGCAAUAGCUUUACCGCGGCAGUCCCCGAGUGCCACACGUCGUUUUCUUUAAUAUAAUAAACACAUUAAUGAUUUUUGCGUUAUAUUAAACCCGUAUUUACUUAACUAGGUAAUCUUCAAAAUAUUAUGUUUUGUCUUUGACUUCAAAUAUUUUUAUAUAAGUAGAUCCUAUCUAUAAAGAAUAUCAUAAUUUUAAUAUUUUGUCAUUGUAAACAUUUUUUCACUUGAUGUGAAACAUAUAUAUAUUUUACUACUCCUAUUAAUAUUUAAUUUGAUGAUCCUGUGGCUUAUUCAAUAUUCAGCAUAUUCUAGUCUCACCAGUAUUAAUCAGUUCCUGAAGCUAAUUUUUCAAGUAACGUUUUAAAGGUACAAAGCUUGUACGGUAGGUACAUGCUUAUGGGAAUCAACUAGAAAUACGAUCGACAUGCUGCUAUAUUGUGACGUCACAGCUUUACAUUCAAACGAAUUAAUUUCAGUUUCUUUGAUUAACCAAAAAUUAAAAAAAAUCUGGUGUCAUAAAGUCAAGUUAAAUUAAGACCAAGUACUUGUACUUAACGUAAUUUUUUGUUACAAUUUAUUACUUAACGUAAUUUUUUGUUACAAUUUAUUACUUAACGUAAUUUUUUGUCUUGAUGAAAUAGCUUCAGGAUACUGUCCUUUAAGUAUUUUUUGUGUGUCGAUAUUAUAGUGCAACUCGAAGACUAGCAAUUUUUUUUUUAAUUAGGCUCGAUUCAGUGCGACGCGGAUGACCUAUGUGGACGUCCACGAGGGAAGGUAAAAUGCAUGUAGCCCAUACAACCCGUUCAGUACGAUGCGUCGCAUCGCGGAUAUUUAUCCGUCGCGGUUGGGGAUCAUGGUUCAGUGCUCGACGCAAUCGUGCAACCGUCCAAUUUACGGAUAAAUUUAUCCGCGACGGAUGACUAUACACUUAUUCGCGCGGACGAUCCGCGUCGCACUGAAUCGGGCCUAAGUAAUAUUUUAAUUUUUAACAAACAAAUCAGUCAAAUUUCUAUAAUAUGUGUCUAUGUAAUUGUUUUGGUCAUAGAAUAUAAGUACUGUUUCCACUGAUAUGUAUUGCGUUAAUUGUACUAACUAAUGAAUGAAGACUAUUAAAUUACAAAAUAUUAUGUUCCCUGUGGGUUCAAUUUUUUCAACUUUUUUAUUUUUGUGUUGCGAAUUAUUAUUAUUCUUUGUGCAUAGUAUUAUGUUUGAUUUUGUUUUUAAAUGUAAAUAUUUAAUAUUAUUUAAAUAUUCAUAUCAAAAUUGGCUUCCUAACUAUAACUAAUAUAAUUUUGAAGUAUAUUGUAUCAUGUAUGCAAUAUUUAUGACUCAUCUGUAACUAGUAGUUUUCGAAUGAGGAAAAAUAAAAUAAGCCAAGUAACUAAA